UUUGUUGUAGAUUCCUUGUAGGUUUCCUGCAGAUUUUAGCCUAAGUGUUGCAAUGGAACCGAGCUGGAGUACCUUUUUAUUCCAACAGGCUAACGAGGCUCUGCAUCACCAGCAUCACGUAGCCGGCAACAGCCUCUUGCCGUUGCUCAGUUCUGGAACAGAGCCACCUGAUCAGAAACCUGUGCUGCCCAUUCCCUUGGACCAGAAACCCCCUGUCAGUGCUGCAGAACUUCUUAAAGACAAUGUGGCCAGUGGGACUGGGGGAGGAGGGCCUCCACUCGCCGUUGUAAAAAAGGAGCCUAAAUCAAAGACGCCUUUCAUCUGUGGCUACUGCAACAAGGCUUUCCGGGACAGCUACCACCUCCGGCGGCACGAGUCCUGCCACACCGGCAUUAAGAUGGUUUCACGGCCUAAGAAGAUGCAAACAGCGCCCACCAUGGUACCGCUCAUAUCCACCGGGUCACGUGAGAACAGCGGAAACCCUUCAUACAUCACUACUGUAGCUGGAAUCCUGACUACAGCCACUACAUCCACAUCCACAGGCACCAGCAUCAUGACCCCAAUGCAACACCAACACCAACACCACCACCACCAACAACAACAACAACAACAACAGCAACAGCAACAGCAACAACAACAGCAGCAGCAGCAGCACCACCAGCAGCAGCAGCAGCAGCAGCAGCAGCAGCAACAACAACAGCAACAGCAGCAGCAGCAGCAGAGCGUCCCUAAGAAGCCCCCCAAACCGGUGAAAAAGAAUCACGGUUGCGACAUGUGCGGCAAGGCCUUCAGAGACGUGUACCACCUCAACCGCCACAAGCUGUCGCACUCGGACGAGAAGCCGUUUGAGUGUCCCAUCUGCCAGCAGAGGUUCAAGAGGAAGGAUCGCAUGACCUACCACGUCCGCUCCCAUGACGGCGGAGUUCACAAGCCUUACAUCUGUUCCGUCUGUGGGAAGGGCUUCUCAAGACCUGAUCAUCUAAGCUGUCACGUCAAGCACGUCCAUUCUUCAGAGAGGCCAUUUAAGUGCCAAGUAACGGCUUGUACCUCUGCAUUUGCGACCAAAGACCGUCUGCGCUCCCACAUGAUAAGGCACGAAGGCAAAGUGACCUGCAACAUCUGCGGCAAAAUGUUAAGCGCUGCCUACAUCACGAGUCACCUCAAGACGCACGGCCAGGCCAGCUUCAGCAACCCGUGUAACAAUAAAGGCAUAAGUGACUGGCAGUGGAACCACUCAGGGCCACGAAAAGGUGAGUUGACGGUAGGAGAGAUUUUAAAUAACUCCUUCCAAGUCCUAAUUGACAACUCUCACAGAGAUGCCAACAACGUGCACAACAACUCGGCGAGUACGACGGCGGUCACACAUUCUGCGGCCAUCACCUCGGCUUUGAAUCGCGGAGGCCUCAUCGGCAACCCCAUCACCAUCGCUGCUCAGAUGAACAUCGGCACCAGCACGGUGAACAUCACGUCACAGAUGAACCUGCAGCACCCCGUCACCAUCACCGGCCCCGUGAACCUGGCCUCCAUCAACAUCCCCACGACAGCACACAUGAAUAUCGCUCACCCCGUGGCCAUCACCUCUCCCAUGUCCAUGAAUCUCACCGGGCCCCUCAACAUCGCCAUGAGGCCCAUGGAUAGCAUGCCUUUUCUAUCCCAAGUCCUGCCUUCCUCCCCUCCUUGGUAGAGCUUAUUUUCUUUUUUAGCUUAUGUAAACGCUGAUAAUGUUUUAACUGCCAAAUAAUAGACGAGCACGUCAAAUCUUAGUCAAAUGUUCCUUUGGACGAGUCAAAAAGGUAAUAACUAAUGUAGUACAAACUCAUAGAUAGUAACAAAUGAUUGCUAUUUGCAGGGGUGACGCAUUCUUUAUUUUAUUUGUACGAGUAGAAAAAAAAACGUUCAUAUAUUCUUACUCGUGAUAGAGAAAUUAUUUUGCGACAGUCUCUCAUUGCAGAGAAUCAGCAUAUGAAAUAAUGUAAGCUGCCUUCCACGAGAGAAUCCAGCCAUCGGAUGAUUUCUAGGGUUAGGCAAACUCUAACCACUUAUCUUUCAUAGUAUGUUUUUUUUUUUAAAUCAUUUUUAUUUUAGAUUUUGUAAUAUGACAUGUUACUUGUUAGACGCUUUUAUCCAAAGCAACUUACAUACUCAAUACUGUGGGCAAUCCCCACAUAUAGGACAAUUCUAGAUAUUUUAUCGAAGUGAGAUGGGACUUUCUGUUUUUGCUACCCAUUAAAUGUAUUACCUGUCACAUUAAGAUACUUCAUCACAUUGAUGCAAACAUACUGUAAAUCAGGUUAACCAUAAAGAAGUCUAGCAACAUUGGCCUAAUACACUCAAAUGAAAAGAUGUCUCAGUUUAAACCAACUAGCAACAUUUCUGACGGAUCAAGUUAUUAUCCUCUCAAAUCAUGCGUUCUAAUGCUCUACCCUGGUCUAUGGUGUAACUCACCCGGGUCGGACUUCUUAGGGCCAUUCCCGUUUCAAACAUGAAAAGAGAAACUGGUUUGACAAAACAAAUCAGUUGACUUCUUUUUCUUAUUGAGGUUUGACCCACUGUCUGUUCAAAGACAGUUUUAAGAUAAGUUUGGCCUCUCAUCUCUUUCGUCUGAUCGAGACCAUGAUAUCAAGUUGUAAGCUCCAAAAAGGCUAGAAAAUGAUCCUAAAGAUCACAUUAACAAGUGAAACCAUUUCGAAGAAGAAGGAACUUUCUUAUCCGAUAAUUAGAAUUUGUUUCCUCUACUGCCCGAAUAACCCAAAACAUCUCACCAGCCACGCACUUAACGGACGGAUGUUUUUGGACAUUUUCCGCAGAUAUUCUGUGUAAAUAAUGACCAUUUUAUGCCAAAGAUUUUCUAACUAGUUUCCCCCUAAAUGCUAUAUUUUAAAAGAUAUGGGGAAAACCAUAAAACACCAUUAAACCCUCAUAAGACACACAACUCUCCUUUUUGAAACACAGAUGAAAUGGCGCCUUAUGCGGGGGAGUCUGAUCUCUGUUUCCUUAGAAGCCACCUCUACCCAUAAUAUCCGAUUCUGUUACAUUUCUUUGCGUUAACGGUUACAUGAACAGGUUUUAGUACACUCCUUUAAAACCAAACGACUUCCUUUUGACUUUAGUUUGAAAUUAUUGGGCAGUUAUUACAAUAUCAGCUGCUACGUUUUCACCAUAUUUGUUUUUAUUUAUCCAUUGCCUACUCCUUUUUUCAAACUCGGGUAGUAGGUUUUACUAUUACAGAUAGUUGAGGGUGAGCUUAUUGCAGCAGUGUUGGCAUUAAACACAUUAUAUGCUGUGGAGACGCACACCCUUUUAGAGUUCUCUCUCUUUUAUUUAACCGCUGAAGGACGGUGUCGAUCUCGUAAAAGUGAACGACAAGUGAUUUUUUUUUCAACUGGGCAUCUGACUUGGAACGUGGGUGACACUUUACCCUCCUCCCUUAGGCUUUGUUUUAAAGCUCCUUAAACCUGAAGUGUAUUGGAGUUGUUCUUAAAUGCUUCCUCUUCAGGCAGAUUUAGUUUGUUUCCGUUGUUAUUUUAGUGGACUUAUCAGUAUUUGAUAGUUUAUGUAUUUUAAAGUUUAACGAAAGAAAAACAAAGCUUCCAUUUCAGGGGGGGGGGUGAGUCGACGGUUCAGAGGCUGUUUUAGAUCCAUCAACUAUCCCCUCCCCACCAUGUUUGUGUUUUUAAAUGGCUGGAAACCAGUCAGUGGUCACUGCUGGUUACCCUACACUAGUGACAUCUGUUUGGGAAUGUUUGUAUGUAUUUAUAUCAGGACAUGACAGUUGAAGGUACAACAAAGAGGAAAUGUCUUGUACUCAAAGCGUGUCCCCUACCGUUUGCCCUUUAAAUGGCAGUAUUAUCAGAGGUCAACAUUUUUUACAUUUGAAUUGAUUUCGUCUUCUUUUUUAAACUGUAGAGGUCAAGAGAGCUACCCAGUGGCUCCCUAUAAUGAAAGCAGUCCCAAAGUGAACUCGUAUGUUCAUUUAUAUUGUUUACUUCAGCAGGUUUAGGAUCCCAUCACUGUCAGUCCAACUCAGGAAGGUUACUGAGAAUAGUCUUUAAAAGAAAAACAUGGCCAUUUCUUUGUAAAUAUGAAACACUAUUUUAUUGCCUUUUUACCUGUGGGAGAGGGAGCAUCUCUACUUCCACAGACUAGCAAUGCAAGAACUACAUCACUGAUGUGGCCGUCCAUCCGAGGAGAGACAUGAGCAGCAACUGAAGGAUAAGGCUGGUGUCGGUACCUUUCCAUCAUCAAAUCCCUUCAAAAAAGGUUUAACAUAGGAACAAGAAGGAUCUGUGCAGCUAUGGCUUCUUCAAAUACAUGAACACUGAGCAUGCGCUCUUCAGAUCGUUCAACCUACUCCUUACAAUUGUCAAAGAUUUAUUGGUGGGAAAAAACAAGGUUUAUGUAAUUAUUCUAAUUGAAGGAACACAGUGUAAACCGUAUCGUUCUGUGGCAAAGUGUUAGCGAUAUGAGGCCGUAGCUGUUAGCAGGUGGAAAUCAGGUGUUUUCUACAGGAGAACUACACCUAAAGAGAAAACUCCAGCCAUAUCCUUUUAAAGCUGAAUUUUCUCUGUAGACCGCACUUGCAUAGCUCAGUGUUAUUUUAUUGUUUGUUUGGGAUUAUAUUUUUAAUCCUGGCAGUUCAUCUUCACUGGAAAAUUGAGGCUGUGAUCACAAAGGAGGCUUUAUUUCCCACUCAAUAUUAGCAUGUCAGAGAAGCAUAGUAGGAUUCAUGAAUUCCACAUUCAUACGUGCUUUUCAUGUCAGUCUGAGAAAAGGUGUUAGCGAUUUGAUCAUCUUUAAAACUGAAACACUUUUUCAAAUGGCAUCCACAGAGACGGACAACCUGAUGCUAACGUGGGAGGAAGCACUUGUAUAAUAACUUUGAGAUAUUGAUAUUGUGCAUAGCAGUCCUAUCAUAGUACCAAAGCUAAAAAUAAGGCAGUUGUAGUGCAUUAACACAAAUAGCGGUACACCAUGUGUACUCAUUUCCAGGUGAAUGACUCAUUCCUACACCACUAUCAAAAACCCCUUGAUAUCAGAGCAGACCAUAACGUUGUACACUGUAAUGGCCAAGGCCCAGAACUACGCCUGAAUGUGUUGAAGACGCGCUCUUGUCACGACCAAACCUCAAGGAAACAAAAUGAGGGAACAUGUUGAGCCUCUAUUGUGAUCUCAGCCUCAGCAGUUUCUGAACCAGCCUCACACAAAGUCCCACUCUUCCCUGGUGGGUGUGAGUAGUUCGUAGAUGUGAAGCCUGUUGGUGGUUAAGCUCCUUUUUUUCACAACAGGAACUCUGAAGCACUUGCAGCAAACUGUAGGAUGUGCACACUACAGAGGAGUGGUACUAAAAGGGGCAUUUCUAUUUGGUGGAAUGCAAAUUAUUUAAUUUUACAGCUCUCCUGGCUGCAUCUGCAUUUCGGCAGCCCCUCAGUUUUAUUGUAUGCAUGCCAACACUGGCCACCAAGGGAAAAGCUUGUAUGUGUACUGGCAUUAUGAUCUUUGAAAUUAAUUUCCCAUCUAUAUGAUUUAUUUUAUUUGUACAAUGUUGCAUGUGGAUGACGGAGCUUGUCCAGUGUAGGUUUGGGUUCAAAACCAUAAUUAGAAGGCUAGUAACUUUUUAUGAAAACAAAACACUAAAAAAAAAUUAGAAUGGAAGGAAGUGCGCCGUGUCAUUUGUCCUUCUCCAGUGGCCGUAAACAAGUGUGCCUGAAAUACUUUGCAAGACUUUUCCACACGUCGAAGCUUCUUCCUCUCGAUGUGCUGUGUGAUGGAAUCGUUUUGUGAGGGAAGCCUUCAUCAGUUCAGACGGCCCCGUGGCAACCAAACUGUUAGCUUUUUCUUUUACAACAUUAUGAUUGUGAAGUUCUCUUACUCCAGGAACAACUUUCAACAUGAAUUGAGAUAUGUAUUUGGGUCAUGUAACUGUAACUGAUAUUUAACCAUCUGGUUUAAUUUCUUUAAUUUGACUUCAACCUAAUGUGAAAAACAUUUGGCCAAAUAUUGAUUUGGAAGAUUUCUUUUUAUUUUCUGUGAAGUUUGUAUGAUGAAUUUGGCAGAUGUGAAGGCAAAUGAAUGUAUAUCUUUGUACAAACCAUUUAGAUCAGAGGACAUGUUAGUUAUGAAAGACACAUGCAAGGAAAAAAAAUAACCUUUUAUAAAUCUUUUUGUAUUAGAACAUUAACAAACGGUAAUUUUUGUAUAUACAAAGGCUAGGCUUUCUGAUUAGCAGAAAGGUAAAACAUUCCUACAUUUUUUUUAAAUGUAUGUCCAUUGAGAAUAAUUAUGUAAACAUAUGCGCAAUGUUUUAUGUGCCUUUUAUUUGGGUUUGUCUAAAUAAAAGAAAACGAUAAAACAUGAUUGUGGAUUGUCCAUGCCGAGUCCCACAGAGGAGAGUCGAUACUUUUCAGAUGAAUCUCCAGACUGACCCCCUGCCCUCGAGAUGCCCCCCCCCAGAUCAGGAGAGAUUUCCUCCUCUCCGUUGCUUUUCCUAGCUUUAGUGGAGGAUUGUUGGGAGGUGGUUGCUGAAGUCCCCGCUCCGUACGGAUGUUCCUCCAGGAUGUUCCUCCAGACUCCUCCGUGUCUUCACCGGCUCACUGGCUCACAGUUGGCCUGCUCACGAUGAAAGUGCCUCUGUGACUUCGCUCAUUGGAGUGGAUUGUAGGGGAUUUUGUGCCAAACCAUGGUCUGUAUGUGACGACAAAAACAUUUAGGUGUUUUUUCAUUCUUUAACUAUUAAACUUGCAAAAUGUU